AACACGGGGCCCUCACCCGGCGCAGGCGCAAGCGCCGGUGCGGCACUCUGCACAUCCGACCUCAUUCUGGGCCCACAUAACGUCGAAGAUCGUCACCCAGCGCCCGUGCCGAAGCUUGCAGUCAUCGCGCCUCAAGACUCAGGAAAGCGUAGUCCCUUGUCUGCGGCUGAGCCUGCGUCGCGGUGAGGACCCCUCCAUUCCUGUGCCCCAGGGCCUGGGAGGCAGAGUGACCUUGACUGUGGUGCAUACCGACCCAGGAACCAGAUGAGCAGAGACAUCUGCGUGCACACCUGGCCUUGCUCCUACUAUUUAGAACUCGAAAAGCGAUGGAUUCCUGGAAAACUUUCAUUAACUUCUCUCUCACUAAAAUUUAUGACUGAUAAAACUGGAGAUACUCUUGUCAACUUUCCCCUUUCUAGUAUAAUUGAGAUCAAGAAAGAGGCUUCUCAGUUUAUCUUCAGUUCUCUCACCAUCCUGGAAAAGGACCAUGUCAAGCACUGGUUCAGUUCCUUGCAGCCUGGCCGGAAUGUUGUCUUCCACGUCAUCGAGCACUUCUGGAGAGAGUUGCUGCUGUCUCAGUCGGGAGCUGCCAUGGAUGCGUCAUCCUCCCACGUGACCAAGGGGCAGGAGCUGACUGGGCUGAUGGCCUGUUCCCAGAAGCGUCUGGAAGAUGCAGCCACAGUCCUGCACCACCAGGGCGAGCAGCUGGACAGCAUCGCGAGCGGCCUGGACAGGAUAGAGUGUGACCUGGACGUGGCUGACAGGUUGCUGACAGAACUAGAAUCUCCUUCUUGGUGGCCCUUUAGCUCCAAGCUUUGGAAGAUGCCAUCAGACACAAAGCCCAGUGUAGGCUCUUCAAUGGCUAGCUCCAAAGCUCUUGGAAAAGAAGGGAUAGUGAUCAGAGUUCCUGCUGUUAUUUUCCAAAGAACAGACUCACAUGUUAAACCUGGAAGUCUCACCGUCCUUGUUUCCGGAUUGGAAAUCCAUGACUCAAGUUCUUCGCUCAUACACCGAUUUGAAAAACAAGAUGUGGAUGACAUUAAGAUUCACACACAUUACGAGGUCAGCAUCCGCCAGCGGUUCACUGGGAAGCCAGACAUUGCUUUUCGUUUGAUAUCUGCCAAGAUGCCAGAGGUUAUCCCCAUUUUGGAAAUGCAGUUCAGCAAGAAAAUUGAGUUGUUAGAAGAUGACUUGAUGCUCAGAAGCGCUAGAACCUCUUCCCCAGAGGAGAAGGACUACUCAGUCUGGCAUGCAGCAUCCAGGCUGAUGGACUGUGCCAGGCUCCAAGAGCCCUCGGGGAGCCAGGAAGGCGGGCCGCUUCAGCUGCAGAUGAGAGAGCCACUCAUUUCCCAGGGGGACACCCAGGAACUGAGACAGGUCAGUUCGUAG